AUGUUGAAGCAUGUUGAUCCAAGUUAUUGUGGCUUCAUAGAUGAAACUCCUAAAUUCUCUCCGGCAUUAUACCUCGAGAACUUAUAUUUUAGAAACUGCAGAUUUUUUAAAAGGAUUCAUGAGUCUAUAACUUCUCUUAGUAAGCUUGUUACCUUGAAUCUUGAAGGUUGUGAAACUCUAGAAAAGCUUCCAAUCAACUUCUUCAUGUUAAAGUCUCUUGAAGUUUUGAAUCUAAGUGGAUCCAAAACCCUUGAAGAAAUUCCUGAUUUGUCUGCAUCAUCAAACCUUAAGAAACUAUGUCUUAGAGAGUGCAACCGUUUGAGAAUAAUUUAUGACUCGACCGGUCCUUCUCUUGACAAGCUUGUCACAUUGGACCUCAAAGGCUGUGAGAAUCUAAAAAAGCUUCCAAGCAACUCCCUCGUGUUAAAUUCUCUUGAAUUCUUGAAUCUGAGUAGAUGCAUAGAUCUUGAGGAAAUUCCUGACUUGUCUACAGCAUCAAAACUUAAAGAACUAUAUCUCAAAGAAAGCUACCGUUUGAGAAUAAUUCAUGACUUGUUAAAUUCUCUUGAAUUCUUGAAUCUAAGAAUGCUACCUAUCAUAUGA